UUUGGAAACGCGACAUUAAGUCAAGAAAAACCUUCCUUGAUCCUUACCAGACUAAGGAAAGCAGAUUGCAGAUCUCGCCGGCGACGCCCCUAGCAGUUCCGUCACUGUUUGUAUGUGGUGAAUGCUGUUAGAGUUUCUAGUUAUUAGGAGUGAAACUGAUGGCUUUGCCAAGAUUUACACGUCCCAAGGACGGGAUUGUGAGACACAGUCCUCACCUUUUUGUGGCCAACUGUGGACCAGCAGUUGGACUUUCAUAUGAUCAAAUAGCCUCUGUUUUUGGUGCAUAUGGAGAGGUCAAGGGAAUCUACCCGGCCGAUGAGAGCGGCACUCGAGUUAUAAUUUCGUAUAAUGAUAUCAGUAGUUCACAAGCAGCAAUGAAGGCAUUGAAUGGAAAUCCAUGUCGUAGUUUUGGAGGGCGAUACCUGCACAUUCGCUACUCUGUCCAAACAGUCGAUACUAAGGUCAAUUCCAUUGCUUCAGUGCCAGUAUCAACUUCGGCUUCGGACAUGGACAUUCCUGGACUUUAUUUAUUUCAUGACUUCGUUACAAACACAGAAGAGCAAGAAUUACUCGAUGCAGUUGAUAGUAGGCCAUGGAAACACCUUGCCAAAAGAAGAGUUCAACAUUAUGGAUAUGAGUUUUGCUAUGAUAUAAGGAAUGUUAACACAAAUCAUAACCUGGGCGAGCUCCCAUCCUUUAUGUCCCCAAUACUUGAAAGGAUCAGGUCGUUUCCAUUUCUCCAUCAGGACGCCGAUACUUCUCUGGAUCAGCUAACUGUUAAUGAGUACCCACCCGGUGUGGGUUUGUCCCCACAUAUAGACACCCAUUCAGCAUUUGAGAGGUUAAUUUUCAGCCUUUCGCUAGCCGGCCCUUGCAUCAUGGAAUUCAGAAAGUAUGCUGCUGGUGUUUGGCAGGAUCAACCUACCCAAAGUUCUGAUGUAGAGAAACUGGCUGAUGAAAACAAUUCAAGUUUCGUAAGGAAAGCUAUUUAUCUUCCACCUAGAUCACUGCUAUUGUUAUCUGGGGAGGCUCGAUAUGCUUGGCAUCACUACAUUCCACAUCACAAGGUGGACAAAGUGAAUGACAGUUUGAUCCGCAGGAGUUCAAGGAGGGUGUCCUUUACAAUACGAAAGGUGCGGCGAGGGCCUUGCCGGUGUGAAUUCCCGGAGUACUGUGAUUCUCUAAGGUAAGAAAAUGAUUCCCAACUUGGGAGGGUCUGAUGAUCCCAUUUUCAAAAUUUUUGUAAACUAGGCUUUUUGCAUUAGUUUUUGGUGAUGUUAAAACAUUGGUAGAUAUAUUUUCUUUGGUAGACAAUAUAUAUUCAUGUCAUUUCCUUCCUUAUAAAGUUAUAAUGAUGGAAAAUUGAGGAUUCAUUGCAUAAUAGAGUGAAUGAUGUCUUGCUUUCUUCUUC